AUGACAGUAAUACACGGAUGGAUGCUGGGCAGGGCGCGGGUCAGUCCCUUGCUUAUGAGAGGCCGCAUCAAGGUCGCUGUUAGACCUAUACGUUACGCUUCGUCACAAGUUGGCGCAACGAACACCCUACCCGGUCUGAAUGAAGAUGAAGAAGGCUCCUCGACCGACUCGAAGUCGGGGCAGAAAUCUAGAUCCCGAGCUGGACCAACCAUGUUUAAGAUCUUUGAAACGGCCGCCACCACUUUCGCCUCUAUCGCUGUGCUCGGUUUGGCUGGUUACUCCUAUCAUCUCUACUACAAAUCGCUCGUCUUGCGCAAGAUUGCAAAGGCCUUUGAGCCCGGCGACCCUAUGCUGGAUCUUGCGUCCCCCCCAGUUCCCCAAGGCCCGGCUGGCGCUCAGCCCACAGACGAUCCUGACGACUGGAUACAACGGCCUGAGCAGGCUAAGAUUGACGCUAUCAUCCAUGGUGAAGCCAAGGGAAGAUACUACCUUCUCGUGGGCGAGAAGGGGACUGGCAAAUCAUCCAUGAUUCUUGAGGCGAUGCGAAAAAUUGAUGGGGAAGGGGUGUCUAUGUUCGAAGCCCACGCUGAUCUCGAAAUCUUCCGCAUUCGGCUGGGCAAGUCACUGAACUAUGAGUUCCAUGAAGACUACAUCGGCUCGCUCUUCUCCAUCCGCGGUCCACGGGACACGACAGCUCUGCUCGAUAUCGAGCGGGCCUUCAACAAGCUGGAGAAGGUUGCUUUGGCGCACCGCAACAAAUCGCAGAAGCAGAGCGGUCGAAAGGGGCCGCUCGUUGUCAUCGUUAAUUGCGCCCAUUUAAUCCGCGACGACGAAGAUGGAAAUGACUUGAUUGAAUUGAUGCAGCAACGCGCCGAGCAGUGGGCCGCGGCCAACCUGGUCACCAUGGUUUUCAACUCUGACGACUACUGGGUUUAUGAGCGCUUGAAACGCUACGCCACUAGAAUGGAGGUCAUCCCCGUCGUCGAUCUGUCCAAGGACCGUGCGAUUGCUGCCUUGGACCGAUAUCGAACCAAAUUCUUCCCAGAGCAGGAACAUGAUCCGGAAAUUUUGAAGCAAGUCUAUGAUCUGGUUGGAGGACGGUUGAAUUUUCUUAAUCGAGUGGCCAAGAGCUCUGACAUGAUCAAGAUGUGCCAUCAAAUCAAGGAAUCUGAGAAGACAUGGUUCUUGAACAGAUGCGGCAUCCUCGGAGAACAAAUGGACGAUGAUGUGAUGGACCAACAGAAAUACGCCAGUGCGGCCAUGGUGCUGGCUAAAGCUCUCGUGGACCGGGAUGAAGGCAUGGAGACCAAUUAUGACGACGAGAGAGGCCACAUUCUGCCAGAAAUCCCUCUCUACAAAGCCCGGCAGAUCAUGACCAGAGCUGAUUUUAUCCAGAGCUACGAUCACGACAAUAUCUUCACCAUUGACAGCCGUGCCAUGGUACGCGCGGACAGCAUUCCCAUGAUGCACGCAUUCAAAGAGAUCUGCUCUGAGGAAGGCUUUGAUGACUACUUGGAGGCCACUCUGGAUCGCAUCUCGGCAAUUGAGAGUAUCAACCGUACGAAGGAACUCACUUUCAAAGAUCUGUGGUUGGAACAGCAAGGAGAACAACGAGGGAAAUAUUCGUUUACUAUGAGAGAUCACAAGGGACGUGAGACCGGCACCAUUGAAAUGAGGGUUCAGCCCGAUAAAUCGCCCGCAGAAGAUGACGACUAG